GUGAGGUCUGGCUGGUGGGCUGCUGUGGGUGGGCGCCAGUGCCACUGCUGUUGGUGCAGUCCCCCCACCCCCCUAUCUGGUGCCUCCUGAAUGCUAUAAUUAUGGGUCUGUAACCACCCUGAACUGGGUGCUCCUUGCCGACAGGGUCUGUCUGAACCUCUCUUUGUCCCAAGCCCCAGCACUGGGCCUGGCAAAACCAGAGAUGCCUGGUACCUGGCGACAGGAUGAAUGAGCCAGAUUCAGACGGACAGGAGCGUUGUGGUUUAGGAGGGGCCUGGGGUUUUCAGGGGAGGUUUUCCAUGUCUCCUGGGGCAGCUCUGGGCUCUCAUUUUCACAAGCUGCCUGCACUCCUGGCCCUGCCUUUGUUACGUUUGACCUUUUCUCCUUUCCAGGUCUCAGGGACAGGGAGGAGGGGCCCUGUGCCCUGCCCCGGGGACCCCAGCCUGUGGGCAGAAACCCCAUGGGCCAGGAGAACAGACAGGGUACCCGUGAUCAGGGGCUUGGGGAGGCAUGGGCUGAAGCAGUCCGAAGGGCUGCCUGGAGGAGGCGACCUCUCAGCUGGGUUGGCAGUGGCUGUGGGCACCGCCAGGGCUUGGAGACCUGCCUAGGAGGAGCAGCUGAGUGUCGUGGGGUCCCCACCGGAGCCCAGCACCAUGAACGACGUGGCCAUUGUGAAGGAGGGGUGGCUGCACAAGAGAGGUGAGUACAUCAAGACCUGGCGGCCACGCUACUUCUUGCUCAAGAAUGACGGCACCUUCAUUGGCUACAAAGAGCGGCCUCAGGACGUGGACCAGCGCGAGUCCCCCCUCAACAACUUCUCUGUGGCACAAUGCCAGCUGAUGAAGACGGAACGGCCCAGGCCCAACACCUUCAUCAUUCGCUGCCUUCAGUGGACCACGGUCAUCGAGCGCACCUUCCACGUAGAGACACCCGAGGAGCGGGAGGAGUGGACCACAGCUAUCCAGACGGUGGCGGAUGGGCUCAAGAAGCAGGAGGAGGAGAUGAUGGAUUUCCGGUCAGGCUCACCCAGCGACAACUCUGGGGCUGAGGAGAUGGAGGUGUCCCUGGCCAAGCCCAAGCACCGUGUGACCAUGAAUGAGUUUGAGUACCUGAAGCUCCUGGGCAAAGGCACCUUUGGGAAGGUGAUCCUGGUGAAGGAGAAGGCCACGGGCCGCUACUACGCCAUGAAGAUCCUGAAGAAGGAAGUCAUCGUGGCCAAGGAUGAGGUGGCACACACACUCACUGAGAACCGUGUCCUCCAGAAUUCCAGGCACCCUUUCCUGACAGCCCUGAAGUACUCCUUCCAGACCCACGACCGCCUCUGCUUCGUCAUGGAGUACGCCAACGGGGGCGAGCUCUUCUUCCACCUGUCCCGGGAGCGCGUGUUCUCCGAGGAGCGGGCCCGUUUCUAUGGCGCUGAGAUCGUGUCGGCCCUGGACUACCUGCACUCGGAGAAGAACGUGGUCUACAGAGAUCUCAAGCUGGAGAACCUCAUGCUGGACAAGGAUGGUCACAUCAAGAUCACAGACUUCGGGCUAUGCAAGGAGGGCAUCAAGGAUGGCGCUACCAUGAAGACCUUCUGCGGCACGCCCGAGUACCUGGCCCCUGAGGUGCUGGAGGACAACGACUACGGGCGGGCCGUGGACUGGUGGGGGCUGGGCGUGGUUAUGUACGAGAUGAUGUGUGGCCGCCUGCCCUUCUACAACCAGGACCAUGAGAAGCUCUUUGAGCUCAUCCUCAUGGAAGAGAUCCGGUUCCCACGCACGCUCAGCCCUGAGGCCAAGUCGCUGCUCUCCGGGCUGCUCAAGAAGGACCCCAAGCAGAGGCUCGGUGGGGGUGCUGAGGAUGCCAAGGAGAUCAUGCAGCACCGCUUCUUCGCCAGCAUCGUGUGGCAGGAUGUGUACGAGAAGAAGCUCAGCCCGCCCUUCAAGCCCCAGGUCACGUCGGAGACGGACACCCGGUAUUUUGAUGAGGAGUUCACGGCCCAGAUGAUCACCAUCACGCCACCUGACCAAGAUGACAACAUGGAGUGUGCGGACAGCGAACGCAGGCCCCACUUCCCUCAGUUCUCCUACUCGGCCAGUGGCACAGCCUGAGUGAGGCUCCGGCAGACGUCCUGGGCAGCAGUGGAGGGCCUGGACGGUAGGCUCAUAGGGGCCUUGCCGAGCACCAUAUUUAAUUUUAUUUCUCGGCGCAUCUUCCUUUGAGCCGGUCAGGAAGACGUGGUCCUGCGAGUUUUCUUAAUUUAUUUCAUCCAGGUUGUCCUCCAGAUGCAGCGUUGGCACUCAGAACAGUUAGGUGAACCUAGGAAAACGUUCAGGAUGUCUACAGCCACGGGCGGUGGGCUGUGGGUGGGUGGGCCUGCCUCCAACCUCACCCGGCCCCUCACUGGCCCUGGCUGUCCUGCCCCAGGGUCCAUCGCCUCGGCCCAGCGGGCACCACAAGCUCGUCGCUCUGGGUCCCCUGGAGCCCUCUUCUGGCCCCUGCACUUAGGCCAUGCCCCCUCGUGGCAGUGACCUCGAGGAGGCGGGGCUCCCCACCCCCAUGACAGAGGAACAAGGUUUAAAUUUGUCCCCGUGUAUUAUGCUGUUAAAUGCAUUUGGGGGCUGUUUUUAAUCUUAGUAACAGGAAGGGCCCCAGCCCCCCCACCCCAUGUUCCGUCUGAUCGUCUGUCUCCCUCCUUGCCUAGCCCCCCACAUAGCACUUGUCCUUCUUAGAGGCUUCCGUUUCCGCUGUUUGCCCCCAGGCCCCGCCGGGCACAGCACCCGCCGUGACCCCCGGCCUGACCCCCUUCUGAAGGGGCGGCCCCUGACCUUCCCGCACCCUCAGCUGGCCGCCGCGCUGCUCCCAUGGCAUUUUUUUUACAACAUUCAACUUUAGUAUUUUUAUUAUAAUAUGAAGCUCUCCCUCCAAAUUCUUCAAUAAAAACUGCUUUUCAAGUUUG